UAAUUUAGGCCAUAUGGGUAUGGAAUCCGAAGUUGCUUCCGCUCCGUGGGUUGCUGCAUAACUUCUUUCCACGCAUUGGCCUCUAGUUCCGUAGUUUCACCACGCUGAUGACAAAGAAACAGAAACUAAGAUGAUUACUUGCUCGUGGAUGCUCAUGUCAUCUACCUACUCCAAUCUAAUUUAAUUUUAUCGGUCAGGCCGUAAAAGAAAGCGAAGCCGAUCGGCGGUGGGGACUCUGCUGCUGAAUUGCGGAAUCAGCAGCGGCGUCGGCAGCGGACAAAAGAAAAGGCGAAGGAAAGGAGAAGAAGAUUUUGGAGGGGCCGCGAUGGGGGACGGGGCAAGCAGCAGCCGCAGCAAUAACGAUAGCAAUAGCAGCAGCGGAAACGUCGGAGGAAGAGGGGAGACGGUGGUGAUCGAUCAUGGGAGGAGGCGCACCUCCUGCGGCUACUGCAGAUCCACCGGAUACACCAGCAUCUCCCACGGUUUAUGGGCUAAUAGUAUUACUGCUGAUGACUACCAAGAGCUUCUUGACCGUGGUUGGAGGAGAUCUGGCUGUUUUCUUUACAAGCCUGAUAUGGAAAGGACGUGCUGCCCAUCUUAUACCAUUCGUUUGAAGGCAAGUGAUUUUAUUCUUUCCAAAGAGCAAGUUCGUGUACAUAAAAAAAUGCAAAGGUUUUCAGAUGGUGUCAUGGACAUGAAGAAACCUGAUCAGUCAAAAGGCAAGCCAAAUUCUUCAAUGUGCACAUUCAACCUGACAGAAAAUGAGUCUUUGGCAGCAGUGUCAGCAUCAUCAGGGAAAGAAUCUCCAGCUGAUAUAUGUGAAAAGACAUGCAAAGAUGAAUUUAUCCUUCUUUUGUCAAACAAAAUAGAUGAUGCUGUAAGAUUGUGCUUUGGAGGUGAUGAAUUUCCUACUACAGCCCAGCUUCCUAAAGCUGUUGUGAAAAAGGUCACCCCUCAAGUGAAAAAGAAGCUAAUGGAAACAUCAGAAGAUUUAUUGUACACAAGCAGCAUAUGUUUUCAGAUAGCAGCAGUUUUCAGACGUUUAAAAUCAACAGAAAAAAAUAUGACCGACACAAGUUUGUCAUCAGAUGCAGAAUUAGCAGACAUAUCACCAAAGGUUAUUGCAGAAAAGUUGGCAUGUUUGAUGAAACAGCAUGGUGAACUUUCUGACGUGUUAUCAAAAGCUUGCAAUGGCCACCUUAAUUUCUAUUCUGCAACCAAAAAGACUAGCGAGCUUACCAGUGAUGCACGUAAACAAGCUCCAAAGAUUGGAGGUAAUUCGAAACGAAGUUUGACUGACAAUACUAAAGUUCUAACUUAUAAGAAGAGAAAGCUAGAGAUACGUAUGAAAAGAUCAAGUUUCGAUCCAGAAGAAUUUGAGCUAUACAGAAGGUACCAGAUUAAGGUGCACGAUGAUAAACCAGAGAAAGUCACAGAAAGCUCUUAUAGAAGAUUUCUAGUGGAUACUCCUAUUGUAUUUAUUCCACCAUGCAGUGGUGAUAAGACAGUUCCAGCUCAUGGCUAUGGCUCUUUCCAUCAGCAAUACGUGAUUGAUGGGAAGCUUAUUGCAGUUGGUGUGGUGGAUAUACUUCCAAGGUGUUUGUCAAGCAAGUAUUUGUUUUGGGACCCUGACUUUGCUUUUCUGUCACUUGGAAAGUAUUCAGCUUUGCAGGAAAUAAAUUGGGUAAAGGAGACCCAGGUCCAUUGCCCUAGCAUUCAGUAUUAUUAUCUCGGCUAUUACAUUCACUCCUGCCGCAAAAUGAGAUACAAAGCAGCAUAUCAUCCAUCUGAACUUCUCUGUCCACUUCGUUAUGAGUGGGUGCCAUUUGAUAUUGCAAGACCUUUACUUGACAAAAAGUCAUAUGUUGUCCUAUCUGAUUUUGUGGCUCUGCAAGAUCAACCAACACCACCUCAGGAUGCUGAUAGUAUUACCAGACAGUUAGACUCUUGUCCUGAUCAUGAUGGCUCAGGUGAAGCUUCCAGCAAUGAAGAUGAGAUUAUUGACAUUGAUUUUGAAGAUUCAGAUACGGGGUUAGAUGAUGAAUCGGGCUCAGAAGCUAUAAGUGCAUCAGUUACCAGUGAUUCUAUAGCUCCUGAUGUUGGCAAUAUUCUGAUUGAUUUAAAUGGUUCACGUGUGAAAUUCAAGGACCUUCAGCGAGUAUUUGGCCCAAUAGAGGAGCGGCAUCUUGCUGAGCUGGAAAUGCAGCUGCACAGAUACGUGAAAGUCGUGGGCAAGGAGCUUGCUGAUCAUGUGAUUUAUGCCCUUUGGUAGUUAUUUUGUGAUAUACAGAUCAACUUUUGCUGAAACUUAUCAUCACGGCCAUUGUUGAAACUUUUUUCAGCCUUCUGUUAAGUGGUGAUAUUUUUGUGGAAACAAAGCCAUCAAAAAAGCACUGAAAGUUGUUUUAUGAGAAUUGGAACGUGCCUCUCUUUUCAGUGAUUUUUUAGACCAUUCUAUACACAAAAGAAAUGGUUUCCAUCA